AGAUUCACCAAGAAAAAUAGAGAAGCUUUCAUUUUGGUCAACCAAAGAACAAGACACGAAUGGCUCAAGAUUUUCGUUUAUUUCGUGAAGUUAUUUUGGUCACUAUAGUCAGUAUAGUGAGUGGUGCGUAGUGAACCAGAUAGACCAGAACCCAGAUGAGCAGCUGCUCUUUCAUGGCUUCCCUUCUCAGCCCAACCCCAACCAUUACACUCCAACACCACCAGAAAGAUCAUAUCAGGUUCAGCACAAACCCAUCAUCCAGAAUUCCCGAGAGAAAUUUUGGACGACAUGGGCUUUGUUUUGUGACAAAAGCUAAGAUCGAAGGAGAUGUACUUGAGAAACAGUCAGUUAGUGCUGAAGACAAGAAGGAUUAUGGACUAGUUAGUCUCCACCAUGUUGGAAUCUUGUGUGAGAACUUGGAGAGGUCACUCGACUUUUAUCAGAACAUUCUUGGUCUUGAAAUAAAUGAGGCUAGGCCAGAUGACAAACUCCCCUAUAGAGGGGCUUGGUUAUGGGUGGGUUCUGAGAUGAUUCACCUUAUGGAGCUUCCCAACCCUGACCCUCUAACUGGAAGACCUGAGCAUGGAGGCCGUGAUAGGCACACUUGUGUCGAGAUUCGGGAUGUGUCUAAGCUGAAAGCAAUCCUUGAUGAAGCUGGUAUUCCAUACACGCUUAGUAAGUCUGGGAGGCCAGCGAUUUUCUUCCGAGAUCCAGAUGAAAAUGCUCUUGAAUUUGCACAGUUCUGAUGGCUGACAUGUUGCAGGCACAGGCACCCAUAGUGUUGCAUUGUGAUAUUGAUAAUGCCUUCAGGGGUGCCAUUAUGUUCAGGCAAUGAUAGAGAUUAUAGAAUUUGUACAGAUGAUUAUGCUUUGUAACGAUGACCAUCUUAUAUAGGCCAAAUGGUGUACUUAGCUAUACUAAGUGACUAUCUUAUAUAGGCUAAAUGCCUUCAGGGGUGCCAUAUAAUAUGUGAGCCGAUGGGGCUUUAUAGAUUUCCUUGAUGUCAGUUCAGAAUGAUGAUCGGAAUAUAGUGCGUACAUGGUUAAGUCACAAAUCUUGAAAAUGUGUUAUA